AACUGACCACAGUUCAGAAGCUACUGUUGGAGAGUUUGCUGAGGGCAAGGAGGAAGGAGGGGACAAAAUCCUCAACCCUAUCUUGCUGUCUUUGUUUGUCAUAGGUGUGGGCAAGAGCAGUUUGCUGUUGCGUUUUGCAGAUAAUACAUUCUCAGGCAGCUACAUCACCACAAUUGGAGUGGAUUUCAAAAUCCGGACAGUGGAGAUCAAUGGAGAGAAGGUGAAGCUGCAGAUCUGGGACACAGCCGGCCAGGAGCGCUUCCGGACCAUCACCUCAACGUAUUACAGAGGAACACAUGGAGUCAUUGUUGUCUACGAUGUAACAAGUGCAGAAUCUUUUGUGAAUGUAAAACGAUGGUUGCAUGAAAUAAAUCAAAAUUGUGAUGAUGUCUGCAGGAUACUAGUGGGGAAUAAGAAUGAUGACCCAGAGCGAAAAGUGGUAGAAACAGAAGAUGCCUAUAAAUUUGCUGGGCAGAUGGAGAUCCAAUUGUUUGAGACCAGCGCCAAAGAAAAUAUUAAUGUGGAAGAGAUGUUUAAUUGCAUUACAGAGCUAGUUCUGCGAGCGAAGAAAGAAAACUUAGCAAAGCAGCAACAGCAGCAACAGAAUGAUGUGGUGAAGCUAACGAAGAACAGUAAAAGGAAGAAGCGGUGCUGCUAAUGCAGAGACUCUGCUCUCAGACAGAUCAGCCCCUCCAGCUAGACUCGGGCAAUUCCACUGGGGCAGGCUUUGGGAGGACUUUCUCAGUUUUGUGCCGUUAUUUAAAGAUUAUUUUUUCUCCAUGUUUUCUAUCAAGAGGCGCUGGCACCUUACCACUUCAGUGCCAAGAAGGUAUCAGAUGGAAUCUUGCCCCCCUCUCCUCCCCUGCUCAUUCCAGUGCGCCUUGUAGACAAGAAGGACGUUGCCUACCAAGUGGACUAAUUAACCCAAGAGUUUGUAUAUAAUGUAUAUUGCUUUAACCA